AUGUCGAUCCCUUCCCCAUCUCUUCCUAUGCUCCCAGACGUCUUGGAACGUCUGGGGUUGACUUCCUACCUGGAUGCGCUCACAGAGAAUGGUUUCCACAACUGGGAGACAGUCCUCGACAUCACCGAGGAAGACCUGACCGCCUUGAACUUCAAACUUGGACAUCGGCGGUCCCUACAGCGCGAGAUCGCAACGUUUCGUGGAGUGCCAUCCACACUGGCUCUGGACGAGAGCAAUGCUUCCGACCAGCCUGCGCUUUCCACCUCCGCCCUCGAAACUUUAACCAGGCAAACUCAGACUCCACCACCGCGAGAAAAGAGGAGGUAUCGACGCCAUCCACGAGCCGACAGCAACGCGCCGAAGAAGCCAAAGACAGCCUACGUGAACUUCGCCGACCACCUCCGCACGGAGCCCGACAUUAGCAUCCUCUCCUUUGUGGACAUUGCAAGAGAAGUGGGUCGACGAUGGCAGCACCUUCCCCCGGAGCAAAAGCGAAUUUGGGAAAGUCACGCUGCACGUGCCAUGCAAGAGUACGAAGCUCAAAUGGACGAGUAUAAAAAGACGGAAAGCUGGCGCAAGCAUCAGGCCUACUUGAUCGAUUUCAGGAGUCAGCAACAUAUGGCGAGCAAAGGAUCCUCAUCGACACGCCCAAGCCAAAGUCGAACGACGACUUCAUCCUCGUAUACGCCACACCAUGAAUGUUCGAGGGCCAGUCCGUCAGCUUCAUCAGAAAGUCCUGCAACCUCACUCACUUCUCCGGCCACGCCCUUGAGCAUGGAAGCCGAAGUUUGCCACAAUGCCCUCACCCUGGCAUUCAGUGAGCUCGUAUCCCUCCGAGGCGAGAUCCUUGGUCAAAGCGUUCGGCCGUACGACGCGCAACACCUACCAUCUGAACAACUCGUCAGAAAAGCAAUGUAUGCUUUCGUCCAGGGCACGGGGUCACUUCUGUAUAUGUGGUCCUACGCACAGGUGGACGAGAUUCUGGACCGCAUCUACAGACCGCAGCAGCCUGUCGAUGCCAUGACUCUAGCAGAAUGCUUCACCGUUGCAGCAAUGGGUGCCCACUACGAUAUGGAUUGCUUUCCGGAUCGGAUUCGACGCGUGCUCUACGCUUCUGGUACCCUGUGUUUCAACGAGAAGACUGCGCGAUUAGACUACUUGCGCACUAUGCGUCUGCUGCUGGCAACAGCUUUUUACGCGCUGCUGGAGAAGCACAUGAGUGCGCGAUAUGUGCUAGUGGCCGCAUUGCAGAUCGCCCGCUGGAAAUAUCCAGCAAUGGCGAAAGAGACCAGCGAUCCCGCAGCCGAUGUCAAUUGGCGGCGACUGUUCCGUAGUUUGAUCUUCAUGGACUGCUGGCUCUCCUAUACUCUUGGCUACACCUCCGAAGUCACAUCACAAGACGUAGCUCUGGCCUGCCCUGCCCCUUGCAUGGAUUCGACCCUUGAUGAGCAAAUCCAUGUGCAAACAAGCAGGAUCGGACUGAUCGCGGCCGAUAUCUCAAAAGCGCUUUCAUCUCCGGAAGCAGUCACCAGAACCACCAUUCAGACUCUUGCCGAUCAGCUCGAGACGUGGCGCUCUGAAGUUCCGCAGAUGCUGAGCAUCGGUUCGUUGACGGCGCCCAACCCACCGCCCAUGACAUUGUACCAGAGGCGGGCCAUAUUGAUGGUGCAUAUCAUGUAUCUCGGUGCCGUGAUCUUGCUGUAUCGGCAGCUGCUGGUUGCAACGGCCGAGGUGCAGCUCACGGAUGGCGCGGCAUGGGAUCUUAACCUGUCCAUUGAAGACGCGAAGAGGUAUCGAAAUGAGUGCGCUCUAGCAGGCCAGCAGGUAGCUCGGAUUCUGCGCCUAAUCUCGUUCGAUGGCACCUUGACAAAGCGCUGCUGGCUGAUCAUCUACUGGGCUUUCACAGCGUGCAUCGUCCUCCUCUACAGCGCCACGACCAAGCUCCUCGAAGGCCAGGCCGAUACUGUUGAGCAGGAUCUCGCAUACAGCAAAGCCUGCAUGGACAUGCUCGAGACGUGCCGUUCUACAGAGCCCAUAGCCGCCCGUUAUCUCGACAUUCUAUGGCCUCUGUAUGACACGCUCCGCGACAUCCACCAUCGGAUGAUGGGCCGCGCCAAAACCAGCAUCUACGCCCUCCUGCAAGGAGACCCCAACACGCUCAGCCCGCCCAUCCCAGUGUCGAAGGCAGAAAUGGGACCCAUCUCAGAGAAGCUGUCUGCUUUGCUCGUCGAUCCGUUUGGACGGAAGCAAACGCUGGGCGACAACAGUAUGCGACGUGUGCUGAACACAGAUGGCUCUUGCGCCGUGUUUUGGUGGAAAUAG